CAAUAUGGCUGCGCCCAGGUCCUCUCUUCUACUUUGAGCUACACAGAACAGACCGCCGAGGCUGCUUCCCCAUAGGUCAUCUGCAAGAUGGCUCUGCGGGCGCGGGGCCGGGACCUUCUGGCUCUAUGCAGGAAGCCCGGGUUUCGGUGGGCGCCUCUCACCACCAGCCCUAAUCCAGCCCCAGCACCUGAGGUGGACCCGAAGGAAAAUGAGAAGGUCGCGCCGGAAUUCACCAACCGAAACCCCCGCAAUUUAGAGCUUUUGGCGUUGGCCAGGAAGGAGCGGGGCUGGGCCACGGUGUGGCCGCCCCGAGCCUACUGGCACAGGUUGCGAGUUAAUCGGACCCAGCACCACAUAGAAGCAUUUGUCGAGCAUUCUAGUGGGGAUGUUGUAGUUUCAGCAUCCACUCGUGAAUGGGCUAUUAAGAAGCACCUCUACAGAACUCGAAAUGUCAAUGCCUGUGAGAAUAUCGGAAGAGUUUUGGCCCAGAGAUGCCUGGAGGCAGGAAUCAACUUCAUGGUCUUCUACCCUACACCUUGGGAGGCAUCCUCAGAAUCGGCAUGUUCAGCCUUGAGAUACAGCGACUACAAGAAGCCAUGAAAGAAGGUGGGGUGGAGCUAAAGGAACCAAGAAGAAUCUAUGAAUAAAAGAGAAAUUUCAUUUCUUUUGGACUUUUAAUUUUGAAAAAUCAGCUGAUAAACCCUUAAUCAAGAGACAAGAACUUGAAGGAUAAUCAUAUUUUACCAGCAUAAUAAAUGUGGCACUUUUUAGAUUUGUA